AUGCUUGCAGACUCGCAGACUCGCAAACUCACAAGCAAACAAGCUCACAACAGCUCCAGCUGGCAAAACGUAUAUAAGGCGGCCACAAUCGCAUCCAAGAACAACUUCCAUCCUCCCUUCCAACUCAACACCCAAACACACUCGCUUAUCCAACUCUUAAUCCUUUCUCUAUUCACAAUGCAAACCUCUUUCUUAGUCGCCGCUCUUUUCUCUGCCGUUGCCGUCAACGCUGCCAACGACGCUAUCUCCCAAAUCACCGAUGGUCAAAUCCAAGCUCCAGCCAAGACUGAAUCUGCCACCAAGACCGAAACCACUGCUCCAGCCACUACCAAGGCUGAAACCACUGCUCCAACCGUCAAAGUCCAAACUGCUAACGGUGCUAACAAGAACGCUUUGGGCUGUGGUGCCAUUGCCGCCAUUGCUGCUGGUUUGUUGAUGUAA